AUAAAAUAAUGUGUAGUGGUUUUAAAAAGCAGGGCAUUUGUUCUUGAGGUUCUUUUCCUAUAAAAUGUAGAGUAGGAGUGAUACAUUCCCUGAAAAUCCACCAUCCAUCUAUUCCUUUUCUCCCAAUCGCAACAUCUAAUGACACAAAAGGGUUCACCCGACGAUUUCUUGGCCUCAGCAGUGGAAGCUGCUAAGCAAGCUGGCGAGAUUAUUCGAUCUGGAUUUUAUGGGGCGAAACAGGUGGAGAACAAAGGAGAGGUGGAUUUGGUGACGGAGACGGAUAAGAAAUGUGAAGAGCUCAUAUUCACUUUUCUCAAAAAACAAUACCCUGACCAUAAGUUCAUUGGCGAAGAAACUGCUGCUGCUGGUGGCAAUAUGGAAUUGACUACUGAACCAACUUGGAUUGUUGAUCCCAUUGAUGGAACUUUUAAUUUUGUUCAUGGGUAUCCAUUUGUGUGUGUAUCUAUUGGAUUGACAAUUGGAAAGAUUGCAACAGUUGGUGUUGUCUAUAAUCCAAUUAUGGAUGAGCUUUUUACAGCAGUUCGCGGCAAAGGUGCUUUUCUCAAUGGGAAACCCAUUAGAGUAUCAUCUCAAGACGAGCUCGUGAAAUCCCUUCUUGCUGCAGAGGUGAUUGCAUCACAUGAGAAAUCCAUCGUGGAUGCCUCUACGAAUCAGAUCAAUAGCUUACUCUUCAAGGUUCGGUCACUUCGGAUGAGUGGCUCUUGUGCUUUAGAUCUUUGUGGGAUUGCGUGUGGGAGGCUUGAUCUAUUCUACUUAGUUGGGUUUGGAGGCCCAUGGGAUGUGGCUGCUGGUGCUGUUAUCAUAAGCGAAGCUGGAGGACUCGUCUUUGAUCCCUCGGGUAAGGAUUUCGACAUCACAGCUCAACGAGUAGCAGCUUCGAAUCCUCUUCUGAAGGAUGCAUUUGUCGGGGCACUGCAGCAGUCGGAAUGAGGGAACCCUUUGUGAGACCAAACACUGAUAUAUUUGACAAAUAUUAGCUCGAAAAGAACUACCCCAAAGGCGUACACAUCUACCUUGGGAGAAACAUCUCCAUAUUGCGCGUACCUGCAUGUCAUAUGGAUUAAUACACUAGAAAUAAACUCUAUGUACAAAAUUAUUCGAACGAGGAGAAUGGAGAUGUUGGCAGGUUACUCUGGAGGCAUGUAACCGAAAGUUCCAACAAGACGCGUUUGCAGAGAAGCACUCCCCACCUCAGUCAGUUUGGUCAGACCAAAAUCAGCAACCUAGUAGUAGUAAUAAACAACACAUCUUAAAUAAUUAAGAGAG